CCGUGGUAAGCUAGAAAAAAUCCGGACUGAUCAGUUAUUCAAGAGGAGUUUUGUUCAGAAAUUGAAAAGAUCUAUCUUUAGAAACAAAUCAGGGAUGUCCGCAGCAGUGGCCGGAGUCCCAGGGAUCGGGAAAACAACAAUGGUACAAAAGAUUGUUUACGACUGGGCCGAGAGGAAGAUAUACCAACAAUUCCAGUUUGUCUUCAGUUUCAAAUUCCGGGAUUUAAACACCAUUAACUGCAGAAUAAACCUGAAGGAACUGAUUCUGGAUCAGUAUCCUUACUUUGGGAAUAUCCUGAGAGAGGUCUGGAAGAACCCAGAGGGAUCGCUGUUUAUAUUUGAUGGUUUGGAUGAAUUCAAGUACAGAAUCGAUUUUGCUGACAGUCGGAGAGAUACAGAACCCAAGCACCAGUGUCCAGAUCCCGAGUGGUGGUGCGAAGUGUCUGACAUUGUGUACAGUUUAAUCCAGGGCAAGCUGCUCCCAGGGUGUUCAGUGCUGGUGACCACCCGCCCCACUGCGUUACAUUUAUUGGAAAAGGCCGAUAUCAGUGUCUGGGCUGAAAUCCUGGGAUUUGUUGGUGAGGAACGGAAGGAAUAUUUUAUCAGGUAUUUUGAAGAUCAGACGGUGGCCGAAGCUGUUUUCAAUUAUGUGAAGGAGAAUGAGAUCCUGUACACCAUGAGCUACAACCCCUCCUACUGCUGGAUCCUCGCUCUGGCACUGGGCCCCUUCUUCACACAAAGAGUCAGGGACCCACAGCGAGUUCCCAAGACCAUCACCCAACUGUACUCCUACUAUAUUUACAACAUCCUGAAAAACCAUGGUCGUGAGAUUGAGAACCCCCGUGAUGUGUUACUCAGGGUUGGUCAGAUGGCCUUCAGAGGAGUGUCCGAGAGGAAGAUUGUGUUUACAGAUGGAGAUUUGAGCAAGUACAAUCUGCAGCCUUCCCAGUUCCUGUCUGGGUUCCUGAUGGAGCUUUUGGAGAGAGAGGAUUCUGCCCAAAGCGUGGUCUACACAUUCCCACACCUCACCAUCCAAGAGUUUGUAGCUGCAGUCGCACAAUUCCUGAAUCCACAUUCCGGGGAUAUCCUGAAAUUCCUCACUGAAGCCCACAACACAACAGAUGGGCGAUUUGAGGUAUUUCUCCGUUUUGUUGCUGGUCUCUCCUCCCCAAUGACAGCUCGGGGCCUGGAGGAGUUUCUGGGUCCAUUUCCUCAUCAAACAACCUGCCGGGUGAUUGACUGGGUGACGGAGGAGGUUAAACGCCAGAGUGGAAACACUUGGAGUGAAGCUGAUAAAAGGAGCCUCCUGAACACAUUGCACUACCUGUUUGAGUCUCAGAAUCGUGGACUGGCUCAGGCCGCUCUGGGAUCUGUGGAAAAACUUUCAUUCCGUGGAAUGACACUGACCCCGAUGGACUGCGCGGUCCUGUCUCAUGUCAUCGGACUCUGUGAUGCAAUAAAACACCUCGACCUGCAGGACUGCCACAUUCAGUGUGAAGGAAUCCAGCAGCUGGGACCCGGGCUGCACAAGUGCCAGGAGUUGAGAUUUGGGCGGAAUGACCUGGGAGAUUCAGGAGUGAAACUGGUGUCUGCGGCUCUGAGGAACCCGGAGUGUAAAAUACAGAUACUGUGGCUGGGGGAUGUCGGUCUCACAGAUUCUGGUGCCGAGGAUCUCGUCUCCGCUCUCAGUACAAAACCAUCACUGACGGGGCUGAACCUGAGAUCAAACUCGCUGACAGACCGAUCUGUCCCCUCUCUCCGCCGCCUCAUACAGACCCUCCCGAGUCUGGAGUGGAUCUGGCUGUGGGACAAUCCGUUCAGUGAGACCGGGGAGAAGGAACUGAGAUCUCGGCGGGGAGUCAGACCCGGACUGAGAGUGGAUCUGAACAUCUGAAUGUGGGGAAUCGGUUCAGUGAGACCGGGAGGAAGGAACUGAGAUCUCGGCGGGGAGUCAGACCCGGACUGAGAGUGGAUCUGAACAUCUGAAUGUGGGGAAUCGGUUCAGUGAGACCGGGAUGAAGGAACUGAGAUCUCUGCAGGAACCCAGGCCCGGACUGACAGUGCAUCUGUGAUCCUGUGAACAUCUGAAUGUGUGAACAUCCCCGCCCGCGGGAUGGAGACAUUUGGCCGACUCCCCGCCCUCCCCUUUAACUCCCGCCCUUACCUCAACAGUGAUUUAACCCACCAUGAGCAACAGAAAAGUCACUGUUGCAGACAGUGCAGAGAGCAACACUGUCAUUAUUCCUGACCCUAUUAGACAGGGGAACACUUCAGUGUCGUCUGGGGUGAAGUACGUUUUGUAUUUUUUUACUCUGCCAUGGCAGAGUAUUCAAUUCUCCCUCCCUCUCUCCCUCCCUUCCUC